AUGAACACCAAUUGCACAACACCUCAUAUGAUGCAACAGUCAAACUAUUUAAACCGUACGCAAACCGAUCGCCGUAAUGUUACCUUUCUUUCAGAAAAACAAGUCAUUGAAAGCCCAAAACCAGGGCAAAGCGAAUUGGUUUAUCCUCGUGGACAACAUUCAUGGCGAUUCGAUAUUAAAUUACCUUCUCAACUUCCACCUUCACUCAGUCAGUCAAGUCAAUUUCCGUAUGUUCGAUAUUACUUAAAAUUUGUUAUCGAUAGACCUUGGUACCAACCAAACAUAGACAAAACCCUCUAUGUGACUGUUUUUCCGUCUGUUAUACUAUCGAACAAUCCACAGUAUUCGAUGGAAUCUACUUUUAGCAAUCAUAAUCGAAAAGAUGUUGCUCUCAGGGGACAUCUAAACAAACUUGGCUAUGUACCUGGUGAAACGAUAACUGGAACUUUAGAAAUAGAAAAUCCACAACAAAUUGUAUUGAAAAAAAUUCAUGUAGCUUUGUUUCAAAAUUAUCAAGUGGAGAGCAAUACCGAAAAACAAAUGAUCCUUGAAACAAUUUUACCUGGAGUAGUUAAUACGAACAAUGCGCAUAUAAACGAAGAUUUUGCCAUAGCUCUUCCUUUUCAACAAUUUGCUCCGUCAUGUCACUUUGUGGGCGGAUUUCGUGACAACGUUAGCGUACACGUUGAUUAUUUUCUAGAAGUCAAGGUUCAUGCCGAAGGUAUGUUUACAAAUUUCGAUGUUAGUGUGCCCAUGACACUCGGAACUGAAUGCAAUAAGAAUACUAAUCAGCAUCAUCAAAAUGAAGCAACCAAGAUUUUAUCUAAUUCUGUUUCUACAGAUCCAGACAAACCUAUUCAUAUUGAAGAUCCCCCACCGGAUUAUGGUUCUACUGCCCAAUAA